CCUAAUUUCCCUUUGAGGUUAGUUCUCCAUUCCGAUCACGAAUUUUUUUGGGUUAAUUAAAAAAAAUAGGGCGAUUAUGUCACUGGAAGAGAAGUUACAGAUGGGCCCCAAACCGGGUUUAGCGUAUCCGCUUCAAGUAAUCUACUGCGGCAACUGUACGAUGCCAAUUGAGUACUGCGAGUACUAUCCCGAAUACGACAAGUGCAAACAGUGGCUGGAACGAAACUUACCCGACGAAUUCGAGAAAGUGAAGAUCGGGGAUGAAGCCAACGAGAGCGGGGGCGGCGAAGAAGAGAAGAAACGCCAGAAACGCGGGGGCAAAGGCAUGAUCAAAACUAAAAAGAAGGAGGACGGGCCUAAGCAGGUGUGCGUGUCGAGAGCACCAAGAGGGAAAAAGAAGUCAGUUACUGUCGUCACAGGACUCAGCAGUUUUGAUAUUGAUCUGAAAGUGGCUGCUAAAUUCUUCGGAACGCGAUUUGCGUGCGGAUCGUCGGUCACAGGCGACGAUGAAAUUGUAAUUCAGGGAGACGUUAAAGAUGACCUAUUUGAUGUGAUUCCUGAAAAGUGGCCAGAGAUUGAUGAAGAUCUAAUUGAAGAUUUGGGCGACCAAAAACGAUAAUCACACUUUAUUUAAUUAUGUAUUUAUAUCAAUACAGUUGUGUGUUUUUCA